UCCGCCGCCGCCAGCGCGCUCCGCUCCGCCGCGAUCUCUGCCUCCAGCACCGCCAAGAUGCUGCUGCUGCUGCUGGGGAUCAUCGUGCUGCACGUCACCGUGCUGGUGCUGCUCUUCGUCUCCACCAUCGUCAGUCAAUGGCUGGUGAACGGCGAGCGCGCGGCAGACCUGUGGCAGAACUGCACCACCGGCGACCCCUUCCAGUGCAUGGCAUCCUCCUCCAACGAAUGGCUGCAGGCUGUCCAAGCCAUGAUGAUCCUCUCUGUCAUCUUCAGUGUGCUGUCGUUGUUCCUGUUCUUCUGCCAGCUCUUCACACUCACCAAGGGCGGCCGCUUCUACAUCACCGGAGUCUUCCAGAUCCUGGCAGGGCUGUGCGUGAUGAGCGGCGCUGCCAUCUACACCGUGAGGCACACGGACUGGCACCAAGCCUUGGAAAGCACCUCCUACGGCUUCGCCUACAUCCUGGCGUGGCUGGCCUUCCCCCUGGCCCUGGCCAGCGGCAUCGUCUACGUCAUCCUGCGGAAGCGCGAGUGACGCCGCGGGACGUGGCUGCGGCACCGUGACCUCCUCACCAGGGACGGGGCAGAAUAGACG